CUUGGUAAGUUGUAAUGCAUAGUAAAAUUGAGAGAAAUUAUUACUUUCUCAGUCUCAGACACGUAUGCUCAUUUUCAGACUGUGAGAGACGAAGGUCUGUGAAGGCAGACAGCCUGUGAGGGAAAUUGAACUAUAUGAGAAGCUAACAAGCUAGAACAUUUCUUUUUGUAUUUUCUGUUCUGUUUCCUGCGCUGAUGGUAGGACCAACACAAGCUUCUUAGCAUUACUUUUAAAAAGGCACUUGCCAUAUGGACUUGCAUGUGCAAAUAGCACGUUUGCUUCAAAAAAUGGGAGCUGACAAUUUCAGAUAGUCUGGUCCCAGUUUAUGGCUCCUAAGCUUACCUAAUAGUUGAAACUUGUUUUCUGUUCUUUCCCACCUGUAUCUUAUCUAAAAACUCUGUUCAGUUUUCAUUAAGCUUUCCUUUGUCCCCUCCAUCCUGAUGUCAUCUGGCCCUCCUUGGAAUCCCUAAUGACAGUUUGUCCUUCCUUUAUUACUAUCUUAAUAUAAUCUGCCUGGUAUUAUUUGGAAGGAGCCCUGGUGGUGCAGUGGUUAGGUGCUUGGCUGCUAACUGAAAAGUCUGCAGUUCAAGCCCACCAGCCACUCCACGGGAGAAAGAGGUGGCAAUCUGCUUCCAUAGAGAUUACAGCCUUGGAAAUGCUAUGGGGCAGUUCUGCUCCGUCCUAUCGGGUUGCUAUGAGUUGGAAUCGACUUUAUGGCAACAGGUUUGGUUUUUUUUGUUUUGUAUUAUUUGGGCACUUAUUUUAUCCUUUCUUCUCAGAACAUAAACUCCCUGAAAGUUUACAUACCAGUUUUUUUGUUAAACAUUGCACUUCCGGCAUAAUACUUUACACGUGAUAAUACGUAUUUACUGGAUUGACACUGAAACAUCUAUUGUGAAAUUAUUAUAUAAUUGCAUCUAUUAUAUACCUGAAAUGUUACAUAGUCCCAUCAGACAUGUUACACAUUUUAAUAAUUUUAAACUCACAAUGGCACUGUCUAAAAAGAUCCCAUUAGCUAAUUUUUCAAUUAACUCUUGUCCUUAAAAAAAUAAGGCCUGAUUGAAACUCCUCCUACCACUGUCAUGUCCUGGGUAGAUAGGAAGGUUUGUGUUUUAUUCUGUCCAGUUUUUGUUUUUUUUUUUUAAAGCUCUGCUCUGAUUCUUUAAACUGAGUCAUUUAGAAUUAUUGCCCAAAUAAGGAGGCAUUUUUCUUGGACUCAGUUUUUUUGUGGUAAAAGGAAAACUGAGACAUAAAUGUCAUUAUAACAAAGAGACAAUAUCCACAGGGCGUAUGUGGAACGGGGAAGUAUUCAUUCUCACACAUCACAGGUCAGAUGGCUACCUCCCAUUUCUGAGAAGGCAGUGUCGUUAGGUGCCACUGAGUUGGUUCCGACUCAUAGCAACCCUAUGAAUAAAAGAACGAAGCGUUGCCCAGUCCUGCGCCAUCUUCACAGUCUGCUGUGUCUGAGGCCCGUUGUUGCAGCCACUGUGUCAAUCCGUCUCAUGGAGGGUCUCCCUCAUUUCUGAUGACCCUCUACUUUACCAAGCAUGGUGUCCUCUAGGGAAGGCAGCAGUGACAGCUAUGAACUCAUGGUUGACAUUAUUCCAAGUGUUAUUCCUCCCACCCAAGGCUUCCAGAGCAAUGAUGUUAUCUGAGCUUUGAGCCAACAGCCCCAUGGGAGUAGCACAGUCACCACUGAGUCGUGGAUGCCAUAUUCUGUUUUAGAAAGCAAUAUUCAACUCGGUAUGAUAUUGAACAGUGCAAACAGGAAGAUGGCUUCGUCGACAAUCACUCUGACUUCUCCCUCCCCUACUUUCCCCUUCGUUAUAGUUAUUCGCCUUUCAGAAUCCAGAGCCCUCUGUGUGCAGACGUGGCUGGGUUGUGACGCUGUGCCCCCUCCUAAUGACAUACAGGCAGAGGCUGUUCCCCGUGGUGAGUGGUGGAGCCCUCCCUAGGGACACCUUUGAGUGAAGAAGCAGCUUUGAUUUCAUCUGCAUCUUAAAGGGCAGCUUUUGCCGGUAAAGGCAUGUCACGGUGAAGUGGAACCGUGAAUAACUCAAAGUGAGUUCAGGUACCAAACAUCCCGAGUCCCCAGGUGCCCCUGUUGAUGCCCCUGUUUGGGUAUGGGGCUGUGUGAGUUUGGGAUUCCAUGUUCUUCAUCUGCUUACUCAAAUAUGUAUCGAAGGCCUGCUAUGAGCAAGGGAUACGUAGAAAGCAAAACACAUGCUUAAAUGCUAACGUUGGGACAUGUAGGUAAGGAAGAGAGCCCCUGAGAAGGUAUGCAUUUGGCAAAAAAUACAGAGAACCCAGGCGUCCUGUGCUUCCUGGUCAUACUGUCCCAAAGACUUCUUGGCGACUUCUUGCUUUCACUGGGCACUCUCCGCUUUUCCUUACUGCCUCCUCUCUUCUUGCUUCCGGCUGUGGAGGCAAGAUUCAGGGAAUUUGCUCUCCUACACGGGGGCCCCCUAGUGGUUAAGAUCUCGGCUGCUAACCAGAAGGUCGGCACUUGAAUCCACCAGCCACUCCUUGGAAACCCUAUGGGGCAGCUCUACUCUGUCCUAUAGGGUUGUUAUGAGUCGGAAUUGACUUGACAGUAACCCAUUUGGGUUUUCUACCACUCCCAAUACAUGCCUUCCCAGCCCUGAGGCAUUUGACAUCUGGUCACAGGAACCCCACUCUUUCCAUAUCUUCACCUGUGUUCCAGAGGGCCCUUCAGCACUGCGGGGAUACCUGGCUCAUCUGUGGCUUUCUCACUGGGACUCUGGGCUGCUCAGCCUGUGAAUUUCCUGCUCUCCCCUCCCCUGCCCCCCAACACAUGGCAGGGAUUCUUGGUAGUUUUAAUGAAUCACAGUACAUCUGCCAUUAACACUAUUGUUUAACACAUUAACACAUUUCCACCGCAAUAAGAGUACCAGGGGCUGAGACUUGAGCCAGCUUCAUGAUUUGAUGGGAUUUGGGGGACACCGCCCACUCUGAUCAUGAAGGAUGCUCAGUUUCCCACUCCACAGAAAGGACUCUGCUCCGAAACCACCUCAGUGAACUGGAGGAGAGGAGAGAAGAGAAGGAGGAGAAAAGGGGGGUGGGGAGGGGGAGAAGGAGGAAGGGAGGGAGGGACCUAGGGCAGAGCAGGGAAGCCAACCUGAGCAAACACAGCAGCCUGAGUAUUCCCAAGGCUAACAUGCUGGGAGAGACCGUUCCUAGGAGUGGCCCAAGUUGGCGGGCCCCCUGGCUCCCUGUUUCUUCUCGCAUUUUCUGUCUCUGUGUCACACUCUUGCUGGGCCAGGUGGGCUUGCUGCAGGGACACCCCCAGUGCCUGGAUUAUGGGCCCCCUUUCAAGCCCCAAGUGCACCUUGAAUUUUGCUCUGACUACGAGGCCUUCGGCUGCUGUGACCAGAGCAAGGAUCACCGCAUCGCUUCCCGGUACUGGGACAUCAUGGAUUACUUUGACCUGAGGGGCCAUGAGCUGUGCGGAGGUUACAUUAAAGACAUCCUCUGCCAGGAGUGCUCACCCUACGCAGCCCACCUCUACGAUGCCGAGAACCCUCAGACACCCCUCCGGAACUUUCCUGGCCUCUGCUCAGACUACUGCUCUGCCUUCCAUUCUAAUUGCCACUCUGCCAUCUCCCUGCUGACCAGUGACCGGCGCCUCCAGGGGUCCCAGGGCAAGGAUGGAGCCCGCUUCUGCCACCUCGUCAACAUCCCUGACAAGGACUAUUGCUUCCCCAACGUCCUGAGGAAGGACCAUCUCAACCGCAACCUGGGUGUGGUGGCUGAGGACCAGCAGGGCUGCCUCCAGCUCUGCCUGACUGAGGUGGCCAAUGGGCUAAGGAACCCGGUCUCCAUGGUGCAUGCUGGGGACGGCACCCAUCGCUUCUUUGUAGCUGAGCAGGUAGGAGUGGUAUGGGUCUACCUGCCUGACGGGAGUCGCCUGGAACAACCCUUCCUAGACCUCAGAAGCAUCGUGUUGACCACUCCAUGGAUCGGGGACGAGAGAGGCUUCUUGGGGUUGGCUUUUCACCCUAAAUUUCGCCGCAACCGCAAGUUCUACAUUUAUUAUUCAUGUUUGGGCAAGAAGAAGGUAGAGAAGAUCCGAAUUAGUGAGAUGAAGGUUUCUCAGGCUGAUCCCAACAAAGCUAACCCCAAAUCAGAGAGGGUCAUCUUGGAAAUAGAUGAGCCAGCGUCAAAUCAUAAUGGCGGGCAGCUCCUUUUUGGCCUGGACGGAUAUAUGUACAUAUUCACUGGGGACGGAGGACAGGCUGGGGACCCCUUUGGCAAGUUUGGAAAUGCUCAGAACAAAAGCUCCCUGCUGGGAAAGGUGUUACGGAUUGAUGUGAACAGGGCAGGUUCAGAUGGCAAGCGGUACCGAGUGCCUCCCGACAACCCAUUUGUUUCUGAGCCAGGGGCGCACCCCGCCGUCUAUGCCUUUGGGGUCAGAAACAUGUGGCGCUGUGCCGUGGACCGGGGGGACCCCAUCACUCGCCAGGGCCGAGGCCGAAUAUUCUGUGGGGACGUGGGCCAGAACAGGUUUGAAGAAAUCGACCUCAUUGUUAAAGGCGGGAACUAUGGCUGGAGAGCGAAGGAGGGGUUUGAAUGUUACGACAAAAAACUGUGUCGCAACGCCUCUCUGGAUGACAUUCUGCCAAUCUAUGCAUAUGGCCAUGCAGUGGGGAAGUCAGUCACUGGAGGGUAUGUCUACCGUGGGUGUGAAUCCCCAAAUCUCAAUGGCCUCUACAUCUUUGGGGACUUCAUGAGUGGUCGACUCAUGGCUUUGCAGGAAGAUAGAAAAACCAAGAAAUGGAAGAAACAGGACAUCUGUCUGGGCAACACGGCGACGUGUGCCUUUCCAGGGCUGAUCAGCGCCUCUCGCAUGUUUAUCAUCUCCUUUGCUGAAGACGAAGCAGGGGAGCUCUAUUUCCUGGCCACCUCUUACCCAAGUGCCUACGCGCCACAUGGAUCUAUUUACAAAUUUGUCGACCCCUCCAGGCGUGCGCCCCCAGGCAAGUGCAAAUACAAGCCGGUGCCCGUGAAAACCAAGAGUAAGCGGACCCAGUUCAGGCCACUUGCCAAGACAGUCUUGGACUUGCUAAAGGAGCAAGCAGAGAAAGCUGCUAGAAAGUUAUCCAGCGCGACCUCCGCUUCUAGCUCUCACCCGGCCUUGUCUAAGAAAGGCCUCUCCAAGAAGCCGGCUUCUCCCACGAGUGGCAGGAGAAGGCCUGGCACAAGGAAGAAAGCUGGAGUGCGGUCCCCAGGCCCCCAAGGGAAGAGGAAGAAGAGCCGGAAAAGCCACGGUGGCAGGACGGCCCCGUCAGCACAGCGACGACGAGCUGGCAGGAGUCUCCCUCGGCCUUUUCUGCCACCGUGGCCAGCCCGGGGACGGCGCCACACGGAAGCUGCUGCUGAAGGUGCACCUUAGAAGCACGGGAAGUGUGGGUGAGGCAUAGAGAACUCAAUGGGGUUGGGUGAGAAUGGAUGGAAGCCCCUCAUCUGUAUGGGUGCGUCUGCGGUUAGACCAAGCAAGGCCCACGCUGCCAGUGCACCUGGGUCGUAAGGUCUAGUAUUCUGUAAAGCUGCCUGGAAUCCCACUUGAUGUCUCUGUUUUGUUUUUAAAAAUGCUUACCACCUAAGAUAAUAAAUCAACAGUGUCUCAGACUGAUA